AUGGCUCCAACAGUGUGCGGCAUCUGCGGCGGCGAUGCGAAUCUCGCCAAGCUGCGAUCCUGCAACACCUGCGACACCGUCGCGCGUCACACGUACGUCAUGCGACGCACCUGCGCCAACGUCGCACGCGGCCACGCAUACGAUCUUACUGCUGACGAUGAAGACGGAGCAGCCGAUGUGACGGUUGAUUGCAAUGCAGCACAGCCAUCAACCACACCAGCUGCGGCAAAGGAAGCAAACGCAGCAAAGGCAGCAGCGGCACGAGAGGCAGCAAGCGCAGCAGCGGCAGCAGAGGCAGCCAUCCCGCAGUCUUCUCAGGCGCUGCAAAGCCCGGCUGCAUCACUGCCGUUUGAUUCCCAGCCCUUCUGGAGAACCGUCGAUGCCUCUCUCCUCCCUCUCGGCACCGUCACCGCUCAUCUCUCCCGCACCGCCGUCACCCAGGUCUCCCUCGCGGCCGCCUCCCUCACCCACGUCGCCGCCAACACCACCGUACCUAGUACCGCACCUACCGCCACGCCUCCCGCCAUACCUCCUACUGCCGUACCUGCCGCCGCACCUACUGCCGAACCUACUGCUGCUGGGGAUCCCACCGACCCUCCUGCCCGUCUGAACGCGCUCAUACUGCAGGAGAGCAGGCGCAGCGACCCCGGGGCAUGGCCGGCCGUGUUCACAAACGCGCUGCUCUCCCCCGCGGGCAUCUCCUUCCCCCACGCCGCCUUCUUCCUGCUGGGCGGCUCUGUUGGUGCAAGUGAUGGGUCUACUGAAGCUGCCACAGCUGGUGCACGCGAUGGUGUUGCUGGUGGUGGGGGUGCUGGUGGCUGGGAGGCUUGUCACGGGGCAGGAGGAGACGCGUUUGCAGCAUAUGUGGGGGUGAGGAUGAGAGCCUGGGAUGUGAUGUGUGAUGUGGUGCUGCCGGGUGUGGCUCGAGUGAGCUUCUACUCGUCUCACCUCAUGUCGCCCGCAUGUCAGAGUGAGUACGACGAGUGUAGCUCCCCUCUCCUCUCACUGCUCUUCUUCCUCCUCUCUCUCAUUCUCUACCCGUCUCCCUCACCAUGCCCUCUGCGUGUCAGAGUGAGUGCAGGCCUGGCCCCCUUUUCAGUGCUUCCCUUCCCCGUCUCCCACCAUCUACCCGUCUCCCACCAUCUACCCGUCUCCCACCAUCUACCCGUCUCCCACCAUCUACCCGUCUCACCUGUCUCACCUCAUGCCCUCUGCGUGUCAGAGUGA